AUGAAAACCGGGGCCCGGACAAAUAGGAUACGUAAAGAAGAACAACUUUCACGAAUGGACGCGUCCACUCAACACCGUGGUUUUCUUCCGUUCCCAUAUUCAAACGGGUAUACAAAAAAUUUUAACAGUAAAUACGCAACAUCAAAACAAACACGAGACAGUAAAACAACUCCAAGAGGUUUUCCCAUCAGGUACACUCCCCCAGGGUACGACUUCAAUAAACGCGGUAACAUUGAUUCCAGCAAGAUCCCACGAUCCGUACAUCGUGGCGUUGGCUUCAGAGGCCAAUCGGAUCGCCAAACGCAUGUGGACUCAGACAACAUGGGAGCAAAGAGGCUCCAUAAUGAGAAGAUUCAUCGAUUUCGCGAUGCAACACAGUUUAGA